AUGGAAAGCGUUAAAAAUUUGAUAACAAUAAAUAAUGUGACGUAUGACCUUAGAAACGUGUCCAAAGAGGAAGCCACAAGGCUGAAGCAUUUAAAAAUUCAAGAGGAACAUAAGGGACAUGAAGCCAUGCAUUUGGAGAUGUUUUUAAUUCUUGUUUUCUUCACAUUUGGGGCCCAAUUCGCUCUGAUGGCUUGGAAGAAAUACUAUCCCAAGUCUUACCACUUGCUUACUCUUCUGGGCAUGUGGAUUGUCCCGAUUUGCUACAGUAUUUACAUGCUUUAUGUACGAUUCAUCAUAACGUGGUUUUUAUUUUCCUUGAUCACUGGCGUCAUGGUUUACCUUAGUUCAUGCCAUCGGAUUUCAACGUCUACUCCGAGACGAGUCUAUUGGUGGUUUCUUUUUGUCCACAAAAUAUCCUAUGCUGCUUCAAUUGGUGGAUAUUUUCUUGUUGUUUUUUCAAUGUUUAUCCCACACAUUAUAAACCCUAAUUUCGCCUUUCCUGUCGGUGGGUUAGUGCUAUUUUACGGCGUUUACUAUGGCCUAAUUGCAAGGGACUUUGCUGAAGUAUGCACCGAUAAGAUGGCUGCUCACAUUGGCUACUUUACGGGUUCAGGUAUUCCGUUGAGACGGAUCGACCCCGGCGUAUGCGCUCUGUGCACCAACGUAAUGCUCAACGGCCAGGGUGAAAAAAAGUAUCGCCUUAACUGCACACAUGUCUUUCAUGAGUUCUGUCUGCGUGGUUGGUGCAUUGUUGGGAAGAAAGACACAUGUCCAUAUUGCAAAGAGAAAGUCAAUUUGCACAAGCUCGUCAAAAACCCAUGGGAGAAGCCACACCUCCUAUUUGGCAACUUUUUGGAUGCAAUUCGUUACCUUGUCGCCUGGCAACCUCUGAUACUUAUGGCGGUACAUCUCGUAAUCUGGAUAUUGGAUCUGAAGUAA